UCUGCUUUAUCCUUGCAACCGCGGGAGCUCACCUGCAAUUAUCCAUGGCGGCUCAUUCUAGGGUCCUGCGAGCCUGAUGCGUAGGUGGUUAUAUGCACAGCCGAGCAGUUGGAUGUCUUUUCCAGUUAUGCCAGUAAUUUUCUCGAGGUAGGCCGGUUCGGUGUCGGAGCGUCGGCGAGUUUCGCGCGUAGACCUAAUUUCGCGAUUUGGUUUCGGCCAUGACCAGAAAGCCCUCCUUGCCUAGGGUUUGCUGCUUGACUGAAACCAAACGGCGCUAGCGAUUUCGUGUCGAUAGUAGUUAGCAGCUAGGGUUUCGUGUUUAGAAAGCGGCUUAGCAUGCUUCAGUCAGUUAAGAAGACGUUUGCAGGCGGUCGGAAAAAGCAGGGUAAGUCAGACGCAGCGUCGCACGAUGCAGGCAAUGCAGCAGCGGCGGCAGCAGCGACGGGGGGCAUUGCGCGGGCGGGCUCGGGGAAGGCCGCAUCCGGGGGAGGAGCAAACGCCGGAAAGGCGGGAGGCCCGCAUCCGCCGCCAGGCGUCGCCAAUCCAACGGCUCCCGUUCGUCGCGACCCCAACGAAGUGAUCGCGCAGGCGAACGCGUCGCCUUUCGCCGAGCCGCUUCCGCUGUUUAGAGACGUGGGUCCGCAGGAGAAGCAGGCUUUAUUCAUCCGCAAGCUGCAUCUCUGCACUUAUCUCUUCGACUUCAACGACCCGAUGAAGAACGUCAAGGAGAAGGAGAUUAAGCGGCAAACGCUGCUCGAGCUCGUCGACUACGUGAAUUCCGGAACCGGGAAAUUUAACGAGGCGGUCUUCGAAGACAUCACGCGUAUGCUGGAGAUUAAUCUCUUCCGGCCGCUACCCCCCUCUGCGCACGAGAUGUCCGGGUCCGAGUCGUUCGACCCGGAGGAAGAGGAGCCUACUAUGGAAGCCGCUUGGCCGCACCUGCAAAUAGUCUACGAGUUCCUGCUUAGGUAUGUGGUCUCUAACGAGACCGACGCGAAGGUGGCGAAGCGGUACGUGGACCAGAAGUUCAUCUUAAAGCUGCUGAACCUGUUCGACUCGGAGGACCCCCGCGAGCGCGACUAUUUGAAGACUAUUCUGCAUCGCAUCUAUGGCAAGUUCAUGGUGCACCGGCCGUUCAUCCGGAAGGCGAUUAACAACAUCUUCUACCGGUUUAUCUACGAGUCGGAGCGGCAUAACGGCGUCGCGGAGCUGCUGGAGAUCCUGGGGUCCAUCAUCAACGGGUUCGCGCUGCCGCUUAAGGAGGAGCACAAGCUGUUCCUCGUCCGCGCGCUGAUCCCGCUGCACAAGCCCAAGUGCGUGUCGAUGUAUCACCAGCAGCUCUCCUACUGCAUCACGCAGUUCGUCGAAAAGGACCCGAAGCUCGCGGAUUUGGUGCUGCGCGGAUUGCUUAAGUUCUGGCCCUUAACUAACAGCCAGAAGGAGGUGCUGUUCCUCGGGGAGUUGGAGGAGAUCCUGGAGUUGACGCAGGCGCCCGAGUUCCAGAUGGUCAUGACGCCGCUCUUCCAGCAGGUCGCGCGCUGCCUCAGCUCCUCGCACUUCCAGGUGGCGGAGCGCACGCUGUUCCUGUGGAACAACGACUACAUUGUGACGCUCGUGGCGCAGAACCGCGCCACCAUCCUGCCACUCAUCUUCGCUGCCCUCGAGCGCAACGCCAGAAGCCACUGGAACCAGGCGGUGAACGGGCUGACCAUCAACGUGCGCAAGAUGUUUCUGGAGAUGGACCAGGCGCUCUACGACGACUGCCAGAGGCAGUUCCUCGAGGACGAGGGCCGCGCUGCUGACGUGGAGGAGCUACGCGCCGCCACGUGGCAGCGCCUGGAAGAAGCAGCAGUGGCAGGAGGGGCAGGGGGGCCGGGGGUAGGGUUGCAAUCGGGGAUGGAUGUGGAUAGAGAAAACAGGUCGCAAGACUACGGAAACAACCUAGAAUGACAUCUUUCAUGACACACUGGAUUGGAGCCUCUAGAUUCGCUACUUCUUGUGGCACUCGCCGCCUCGUUACUUACGAUUGUUUCCCAGAUCUCCUCUUUGUCAAAAGCCUUCCAAUACUGCCUUUAUGGGAUAGCCAUGUCAGCUUAUUGAACCAUGACAUUGAAGGU